AUGGCAAGGAGUGAUGGAGAGUUGGAUGGGAAUAACUUACUGAAGGAAGAUAUAGAUCUGCUAGAAUUCAUGGCAAGGAGUGAUGGAGAGUUGGAUGGGAAUAACUCACUGAAGGGAGAUAUAGAUCUGCUAGAAUCCAUGGCAAGGAGUGAUGGAUACUUGGAUGGGAAUAACUUACUGAAGGAAGAUAUAGAUCUGCUAGAAUCUAUGGCAAUGAGUGAUGGAGAGUUGGAUGGGAAUAAAUCACUGAAGGGAGAUAUAGAUCUGCUAGAAUCCAUAUCAAGGAGUGAUGGAUACUUGGAUGGGAAUAACUUACUGAAGGAAGAUAUAGAUCUGCUAGAAUCUAUGGCAAGGAGUGAUGGAGAGUUGGAUGGGAAUAACUUACUGAAGGGAGAUAUAGAUCUGCUGGAAUCCAUGGCAAGGAGUAAUGGAGAGUUGGAUGGGAAUAACUUACUGAAGGGAGAUAUAGAUCUGCUAGAAUCUAUGGCAAUGAGUGAUGGAGAGUUGGAUGGGAAUAACUUACUGAAGGGAGAUAUAGAUCUGCUAGAAUCCAUAUCAAGGAAUGAUAGAUAG